AUGGCCGAUAAGGAGGAGGAAGGUCAGGGAGGACGGCCCCUUCCCGGCGGGGCGGGGCAGCUGGGGGCAGCCAAUGACCCGGGCCGGCUGUCGGGAGCCCGGGGCCAGGCCCGUGGAAAUGCCGGCCUCCCUGCUCAGGCCGGGCGAGCCGCCGCGGGGACCAGGCCGGGGGGCCGCAGCAAUGGCAGCGAGGACGGCAGCGGGGACAGUGGCAGGGACUGUGAAGGGCUCGGUGUCCACCCUCCUGGUGAGGGGUACAUUCUAGACCAUGGCAUGGGGGUGGCUCGUGGAGGGGAGGUGUACCCCGAAUCUGGCCUGGCCAGGAAGCUUCAGGCGGGGCUCGGGGGCCGAGGGAGGGCCAGCCUGGUCUCCCCAGGUCUGCAAAAUGGGCGCAGGGGCCCUGCCGGGCAGAGCUGGACCCUGUCAGCGGCAGAGGCUGAGGUUGGAGGCCGCUCUGCGCUCCGCGAGAGAAUUCCCGGAGGCGGGGCUGCCGGCCACAGGGCGGACCUGACGGGAUUUUCUGGGUGUUGGGACUCGGCCCUCAGAUUGGACCCGCCGGCGCCGUGCCCUCUGCGGCCCCUGCGGGAGGUGCUGACGACGACGCUGGGCCGAUUCAACCCACAGCUCAGGGUCCGGGUAAAGGAGCACUGUUUGGAGGAGUCCCGGUCACAAAGAGCCUGGCUGGGGCUCCUGGGCCUCGGCUACUCCUCCAAGCCGGGCCAAGCGGGCAGCUUCAGCCCCGGCCGAGGCGUGGAAACUGCUGACGGCUUCCUGCGGGCCUCGGACCCCGUGGCCUGGCUGUCCCUCUGGCGCGGGGCAGCCAUCCAUCACUCUGGAAAGCCAGAGCCCUUUCCAGCCCUCUCCGGUGUCAACACGGCACGGCCGCCGCUGGAGGCCAGCGGGGGGCUGGAUGCCUUUGUUCCCAAACUUCGGCCUCCAGAAGCCCUGUACACCCCGUCUGUGUCUGCUUCCUCCUCCUCCAAGACUCGGCCCAGGAGCCUCCACCUCCAGGAAGCCUUUCUUGAUUUUGCCCUCCUCUCCCUUCCCCCUUGGGCUCCCCCCGUCACCGCCCUGACCACGCAGUGUCCCCCUGGUCUACUUCCUUGCCCGUCUCCCCACUCGUCUGAACUGGGAGGGAGGGACCCCACCCACAUGUCCCCAUCCCUGUCACUCCGAGCCUCGGUCUCCCUGUGUGACCCCCUGUGGCCCCACGAUGGCACCAGGCAGGGCCCGGCUUCCAGCCCCCAGCCGGAGCUCCUGUGCUCCUCGGAAUCACAGGGCAAGUCCUUGGCGGCCUGUGUGGUUUCCUCUGGAUGGUGGGCGGAGGGUCUGGCCCCCGCCUCCCACUGCCUCCACCUGCUUGGAAAGCCCCCGGACGCGGACGCGGAGGCACGUGGCCGUCCUCUGCAAGGCCGCUGGGAGCCCCGGGGACCCUCACCUGAGCAGGUGGACGGGCCGGCCCUGGGCCGUGUGUUGGGGGGGGAGGGGCUUCCUGGGGCCACGCAGGGGCAACCAACCUCUGGGGACGUUGCUGUUUCUCCACCUGCCAUUGAGCUAUGUCACCUGUGCCGUUGGCCAGGGCAGACCCCAGCCUGGGUCAGGCUGCUGCUCCAAGCUGACCCGGGCUCCCCGCUGGGCCUCAAGUUUGCAAAUCUGGCCUGGGGCCCGGGCAGCGGGCCUGCCCCGGAACAGGCCUGGAGCCGGUCCAGGAAGGAGCUAAUGAUCGCCGGGCCGCACGUCGGUGGCGCACCCGCGCUGCCUCUCCUGGCAGCCCCCAGGCGCAGGGAGGAAGUGGGGCAGGAAGCAGGGCGGCGGCCCCGGCUGUGCUGUCAGCCGGGCUGUGGGCGGCCUCUGCCUGCCCCGGGCAGCCGGGGAUCCCACUCCGCCAGCCAGUGCCGAGCGGGAGCAGCCGUCCGCUGCCUGUCGUCCUGCACCGGGCCGGGCCUGGGAACUGGCCUCGAGGAGCCACUGGUCCGCCGCAAGUGGGCGGAGAGCAGGCCUCCCAUCCACACAACGAGUACAAGGGACCCAAUCGGGGGCAUCCACCAGAAACUUCCAAGGGAGGACCCCGAGUGCCAGGUCUCAGGCUCUCCACUCAAACCCCCCCUGGGCCUCCAAGCCCCGGGGCCCCUGACUUUGGCAGGAGGCCUGGGCAGGCCGAGCCAUCACAGCUGCCGUAACCGGAGCCCACCUCACCCAGGUGGUGAGGAGGACGCAGCCUUCUCGGCUGCUGUGACCACGUCCAGCACAUGGAGGGCUUCAGACAACGGGGAUGCGCCGUCCGGCAGCUCUGGGGGCCAGGAGUCCGUCUCCGAGAUGGGGGCCGGGCCCGACUGCCCACCCUCCGAAGGCUCCCCCGAUCCCUCCCAGCCUCUGUCUCGGCCUCUGACUCCCCCUGGGCGACCCCCACACCCUGGGCUUUGUCCUGGUGAUAACCGAGACAGGAAGGAAAAGGAGCCUCCGCGGGGCGGCCCGACAGGCACCGUCGCUGGCCAGCUGACCCUCAGGCCGCCGCUGACCCCGCAGGCCGGGCCCCUGCACGGCGAGUCGGGCAGGCCGGGUGGGGUCCCCACGCCCAGGAAACCUCCCUUUUACUCGGGAAACCCUCCCCUAGUACCGACUCCGUGCCUGGCCCAGGGUGGGGGGCACAGGGGACGCAGACUGCCCAAGGACCCUGAUGUGUGCGGGACUUCGGUGCCCUGCACUUUCUCCUUGACCCCUGGUGUCCUGGGCAUGGCAGCUGUGGGGGAUCGGGGAGCAGGGCACAGGCUGCAGGGGCUGCUGGUCCACGGGUGCUGGGCAGCAGCUCCCCCAGAGCCACCACGGCAGAUCCCCAGGACCAGGAAGGACGACUGCCCAUCUCUCAUCCACACUGUCCCAGCGCAGCUGGGGAGGGGUCUGGCUCAAUCCCAGACCGUGGUGCCCCGAGAGCUGCCCCAGCCCGCCUCCCUUCUCCUGCGUGGCUCCCGCCGUGGGGACAGGGUGGAGCUGGGGAGGCCAGCACCCACUCCGGGUGGCCGUUCCCCUCCUCCGGCCCCCGAGGAGAAGCCCUGCUGGGGAGGGACCCUGCAGGGCCCUCGGGAGUCCGGUGGCAGUGGGGACGAGGUCCAGAGCGUGCCAGGAAUAUGCCCACGGCCGUCAGCUGGGAGCGUUGUGGGGCCCGAGUUGGCUGAUGCAUCGGUCAGAGAAGCUGCCACAGGAAGCGAACGCACCUGCCCCUCCUGGUGGGACUUUGCGAAGCUGAAGGAAGACAGUCCACGUGGAAGGGGCUCUGCAGGUGUCUGUGGACACACCUCCUUUUUUCCAAAACGAUCUGGGGCAUUUGGCGCUCGCGUUCCUGACCUCUGCCUGCCCUCACCCCCACUCACUCAAAGCCGGCUGUGUUGCAGGUGCGGCUCUUGGCAGCGUUGCGGCCGGCUGCUGGGGCCCCCCCCGGCCCAGGUGGAGACGUACCCCACAGACCUGACCUUGAAGCUGCUGGCUGUGCGGAGGAGUGGGCUCCCGGACCCCCGCCUGCAGCAGGCCCUGCGGGGCCGGCUCCGCCUCCUGGAGAACGACAGCUGGGAGGUGGCCUGUGUGCUCGGGGAAUUAUCGGCCAGACUUUUGUCCAUCCAUAGUGACCAAGAUCAGAUUGUGGUGACAUUUAAGACAUUUGAAGAAAUCUGGAAGUUUUCUACCUACCACUCUCUGGGCUUCACCCAUCACUGCCUGGAAAACCUGCUCGUGGACCAGGACUUCUGGCUGCUGUCGCCCGAGGAGGAUGAGGAUGAGGCGGCCAUCGAAGUCCACGUGGAUGCAGCGGCCUUGGUGCUGAUGCACAAGAGGCUCCUCAUCCAGGAGGGGUCCUUCUUUGUCCUGGGUCCGGACCACUGUGUGAGAGCAGCAACUGGCCUGGGGGCUGCAGGGAAGGGCCCCCAGGCCCUCCAGCGGGCUUCAGGGGGUUCCCAGGGACGGGCUUCCCCGGAAGAGGACUCUUCGCUCCCCAGCACGUCCUCUGAAGAGGUGGCAGCGGCACUGGGCCCAGAACCUUUGAUUCCGUUUCAUCAGUGGGCACUUAGGGUCCCCUGGGACCCCGUCGACGACUCUGGGGAUGAGCCUGUGACAUCCGACAUCCCGCAAAUGACUGUGGGCCUGUGCACGGCGGCAGGGGACUGCCAGGGCUCGGGGCCCGAAGAGCUGGCCUUCCAGAGUGGCGACCUCAUCGAGCUCCUUGGUGCCCAGGUGCCCGGCCUGCCCUGGUGCCUCGGCCGGCAGGUGGCCUCAGGCCAGGUCGGAUUUGUGCGGACGAGUCUCCUCCAUGCGCAGGGCCAGACGUCCGAGUUGGAAACUGUGAUUUUUCUCGAUGAGGAGGAGCGCACCUUCUUUAGCAACGAGGGACACUUGUCUGCGGAGGAUGCAAGGCAGCUGCUGACGACCACGUCAGCCAUGGGCGUCUGCACCGGGUACAGCCUGGACACUUUAGAAGAAACUGAGUUUGAGCGGCCGGAAGAUCAAGAAACGACCCUACCUCACCUAAACCCGGAGCUGAGCGAGACCCUGCAGAAAGUGAAGAAUGUUCUAGAACAGUGCAAGACCUGCCAAGCCCACCCCGAGGAGCCCGUGUCCUGGGGUUUCGACCCAGAGCCCAGUGCUGCAAGCCCACCGGACCCUGGGGAGCCCAGCUUGUGUCUGGACAUCGAGGGUGACUGGGCCGAGUCGGAGUCUCUGGGCUCACUUCUGCUGGUCCUGAACGCCCCCGGCUACGAGGCCUGCUUCCGGGGCCUGUACCACAUCUCCCUGCCGUGGCUGAACAGCGUGUUCUCCGACUUCCACAACGAGGAGGAGCUGGCCAGGCGCCUGGCGCAGGCCCGGGAGGCCGCCAAGAAAGCCAGGCUCCCCAUGGCCCUGGCCAGGCUGUGCUUCCUGCUGGGGCGGCUGUGUGUCCGGAAGCUCAAGCUCUCCCAGGCCCGUGUGUACUUCGAGGAAGCCCUGGUGGUGCUGGGGGGCCGCUUCAGCGACCUCUCCUUCGUGGUGGCCGUGCACGCCAACCUGGCCGCCAUCUACCUGAAGCAGAAGAACAGGGAUAAGUGCACACACGCAGUGGCCAAGGCCUCAGCCCUGCUCCUGGGGACGCCCAGCUGUGUGUGCAGCACGGAGGCAGAGGUGGAGCUGCUCAAGUACGGCCUGCGGAGGGCCAUCUGCAGCUGCAGCCCGCAGGCCGAGGCCCGGGCCUGCUUCCUGCUGGCCAAGCACCACAUCCACCUCAAGCAGCUCGAGGAGGCCCUGCCCUUCCUAGAGAGGCUGCUGCUCCUGCAGGCGGACUUGGGGAGCCAGGGUGCCCCGUGGACCACCGACUGCUACCUGCUCCUUGCCGACGGCUAUGGCCGCAAGUGCCUCCCACACUUGGUGCUGAGUUGCGUCAGGGCAGCCUCCCGGCGGGCGCAGGGCUCCCUGGCCAGCUCGCUCCGGAGUGUCCGCCUGGUUCUCCGAAAUGCCCCUCGGCUGUCUGGCGCAAGGGGGGUGGCCCACGGCCUCCCCUCCCAGACCGCCCACUAUUUCCGGCAGGCACUGGCCUUCCUGGCCUCAGAGACGGCGGGGUGGGCCCUGCGUGGCCCCCUUUACGCCAGCCUGGCCCGGCUGCACAGCCAGCACGGGCAGCACGGACAGGCCAUCGCCCUCAUGACCCGGGCAGCAGAGGCUGAGGCCGUGACGGGCAGCCACCUCAUCGUGGACCGCCUGCUGGCCCUUGCCUGGCUGUGCGUGCGGCGUGGGCAGAGCGCGGCGGCACUGGACAUCCUGGGGUCCGUCUCGGACGCGGCCCUCGCCAGCGGGGACCAGGAGGGGCUGGUGGCCAACCUGGCGGCCGUGGCUCUGAAGAGGACAGGCCGGACCCGGCAGGCGGCCGAGGGCUACUACCGUGCCCUGUGCAUUGCCCGGCGGCUGGGCCGGCCACGGGACCAGGCGGUGGUGCUGGCCAACCUGGGGACGCUGUGCCUGGGCGUGGGCGCCGGUGGGCUGGCCGAGCACUACCUGCUGGAGGCCGUGAGGGGCUUCGCGCGGCUGCCCACCUGGGGGUGCGGCCGGGACUUCAGCCGGGUGCUCUUGGCCCUGGGGCAGCUGUGCACCCGCAGGGCCCACGCCGAGCAGGGCAAGUGCUACUACGAGUGGGCCUUCCUGGUCGCCAUGGAGAUGGACCACUUCGAGAGCCAGCUGCAUGCUGUCCAGCGGCUGUGUCACUUCUACAGCUCCGUCAUGCCCAAUGAGGCCCAGAGCGUCAUCUACCAUGAGUUCCAGCUCUCACUAGCCCGCAGGAUGGCCGACAAGGGGCUGGAGGGGCAGCUCCUGGAGACCAUCAGCCAGCUCUACCUCAACCUGGGCACCGAACGGGCCUACAGGUCGGCCCUGGACUACACCAAGCGGAGCCUGGGGAUCUUCAUCGACCUCCAGAAGAAGGAGAAGGAGGCGUACGCCUGGCUGCAAGCCGGCAAGAUCUACUAUAUCCUCCGGCAGAACGAGCUGGUGGAUCUGUACAUCCAGGUGGCGCAGAACACAGCCCUGUACACUGGUGACCCCAACCUGGGGCUGGGGCUGUUUGAGGCGGCCGGCGACAUCUUCUUCAACGGCGCCUGGGAGAGAGAGAAGGCCGUGUCGUUCUACCGGGACCGGGCGCUGCCUCUGGCCAUGACCACGGGGAACCAGGAGGCAGAGCUGCGCCUGUGCAACAAGCUGGUGGCCCUGCUGGCUGCGCUGGAAGCCCCCCAGGAGGGGCUGGAGUUUGCCCACGUGGCCCUGGCACUCAGCAUCACCCUGGGGGACCGCCUGAACGAGCGCGUGGCCUACCACCGCCUGGCCGCCCUGCAUCACCAGCUGGGCCGUGGCGAGCUGGCCGAGCACUUCUACCUCAAGGCGCUGUCACUGUGCAGCUCGCCGCUGGAGUUCGACGAGGAGCCCCUGUACUACGUGAAGGUGUACCUGGUGCUAGGGGACAUCAUCUUCCACGACCUGAAGGAAGUCUGCCAUGAACUUCACAUCACCCAUGCGAGGAGGGCGCUUUCAUCAUCCCACUUCCCGGACCCGUUCGACGCCGCGGGGUACUACCAGCUGGCGCUGGCCGCCGCCGUGGACCUGGGCAGCAAGAAGGCCCAGCUGAAGAUCUACACGCGCCUGGCCACCAUCUACCACAGCUUCCUCGUGGACCGGGAGAAGUCCCUCUUCUUCUACCAGAAGGCAAGGACCUUUGCCUCAGAGCUGAACAUCCGCAGAAUCAACCUGGGUCCUGCCCGCCCCUGCCGGCAGGUGCCCUGGCUGGCCCCUGGCCACCUGCCCUGAGGGGCUGCCCCUCACGCCCCCAGGACCACCUCCCGGCCUGGGCAUUGAGGGGGGCUGCCCCGGCUCUCCCAGUCUGGGUAUGACUCCUUUUCUGGGAAGUGGAGCACGAAGACAGGGGUCAAAUAGCAAUAAAUGUAUUUUUUGCAGUAA